GUUAUUGAUUCCCAAUGCCAUCAAAUAAAAAAAGUGCACUUCGUCAAGUUAGCAGAAAUUUACGAGCAGAAAUCGAUGUGUUGAAAGCUCAAAUUGUACAAAUGAAAAAUGACUUAUCUCAAUCGCGUACUGUUCGUCCUAAAAUUGAUCAAAUGAGCACUGAAGUUGUUGAUUCCAAUCCAUACAGUCGUCUUAUGGCACUUCAACGUAUGGGAGUUGUUACAGAUUAUGCUGCAAUUCGAGAAAAGACUGUUGCUAUAGUGGGUAUUGGUGGUGUUGGAUCAGUGACUGCUGAAAUGCUUGUUAGAUGUGGGAUUGGGCGUUUGAUUUUAUUUGAUUAUGAUAAAGUGGAGUUGGCCAAUAUGAAUCGACUAUUUUUUCAGCCUCAUCAAUCUGGUUUGAGUAAAGUUGCAGCGGCAGCCUCUACUCUUAGUUUUAUCAAUCCAGAUGUACAAAUCGAAGCAUAUAAUUAUAAUAUAACCUUAGUAGAUAAUUAUGAUCAUUUUCUUAAUCGUCUAAAACAUGGUGGUUUGAUAGCUGAAAAUCCUGUUGAUCUUGUGUUAAGUUGUGUUGACAAUUUCGAAGCUCGUAUGACAAUCAAUAAAGCAUGCAAUCUUCUUGGUCAAGUUUGGUUUGAAUCUGGUGUUAGUGAAGAUGCUGUUAGUUGUCAUAUUCAACUUAUGUAUCCUGGUCGAACACCAUGUUUUGAAUGCCUGCCACCAUUAAUUGUGGCCAGUGGAUUGGAUGAAAAAUCACUUAAACGUGAGGGAGUAUGUGCAGCAUCACUUCCUACUACUAUGGCUCUUGUUUCUUCAUUAUUAGUUCAGAAUACUUUGAAAUAUCUACUGAAAUUCGGCGAAGUUUCUAGUUAUUUAGGUUAUGGAGCAGCUAAAGAUUCAUUUUAUCGUGUUAGUUUGAAAGCAAAUCCAGAUUGUGCUGAUUCAUGGUGUAGUCAACGUCAAACAGAAUGGCGUAAUUAUUUACAACAGUUGAAUCUGCCACUGGAUUCUCCUUGGGAUAUUGAAGAACGUCUAAAAGCUGAUCAAAUUAAACAAGAAAAGCUUAAAGAAGCAUUAAACAAAUCAGAACCUGAGGAAAAUGAUUUUGGUAUUGAGUUAGAAUCCGAAUCACCGAGUCUUACAGCAUCCGCUUGUCAGAUCAAAAAUAACCUAUCUGGUUGUAAUUCUGAAAUAGAUGGUGUUAAAACAUUGUAUGCAAUGAAUAAUGAGAAAUUUGAUCCAACCUCUCCAGACAUAUCAAAUUCUUUUGUUUCACAGACAAAUGAUAGUCUUGAAACACUCAUGGCUAAAAUGAAAGAUUUGUGAUAUAAUUUCUGUUGAUUAGGAAAGAAUAUUGUAUUCCUUUUUUUCUUUAAUGCAACUAUUUUCUACUGUUUGUUGUUUGUAAUUAUUUUGCUUCUUUACUUGUUUGAUGUAUAUGUGAUUUACUUACAUUAUUAUUCCGUUUGUUCUCCUUUUAUUUCAUGAGUAUGUCAAUAAAAAUUAUUUUUUGUCUAAAUUGAUGGUUACUGUAGGAAAUCUAAUUUUAAUUAUUAUUCAGAGUGAUGGUUAUAGCAGUGUAUUGUAAGGUGCAACCCGGGUCCUUCUAAUUUUGAGGCCUCAUUUUAUAAAUGUAACUCAUAGCUACGUAUAUAAAAAUGUGCUUGGUGACUGAUUUUUAUUCUGAAAAUUAUUUUGUAGUAUAUAACAUUCCAAGUGAAUAAAUUUAUUUGUACUGGAUGUAGUAGAUUUGUAUUCUUUUAUUGUGUGGUUGGUUUAGUAACCUGGUUUCAUGUCAUUUGAGAAAUUGUCACCAACCGCGGUUAUGCUGAAAAAUAUCAAUAUUGUAUUCCAUAUUUGGUGGAAUCUUAUCCGCAGCAGAAAUCUGAGAAUCGCAAUCAUUGACAUUUGCUGACAAAUCUCAGGCUUGUUUGUGGUUUUAGCACUACUUCCAAGCUUAGUUAUUUACGCCUGUUUACCCCCAACGGAGCAUAGGCCGCCGACUAGUAUUCUCCAACCUGGGCUUCCUUUUCCAACUCUGUCCAAUUUUCCUUCAUUGCUUCCAAACUAAGUACUUUCAUCUAUUUUGUUUAGCUACUUAUAUUUAUCAUUAGUAGGCUGCGUAAUAACAACUUGUUUUCCACUCUCACGGUGUUUUGAAACAGUACUUCAU